UCCGCCUCUCGCUCUCGUGGCCCUUGGCUCGCUUGGCUCCCGGCAGCAGAGCAGAGCUGGCCGGGCACGGGCAGUGCCGGCUCCACGGUGGGGACCAAACCUAGGAGAUGGCCACGGAGGUCAUUCAGGAUGCUGUGGGAGGACCCCAGCUGCUGUACUGGGGGGCCGGGGUCAUCACUCUGCUGAUGACGGUUGUGGCCCUCUGCUUCCUGCCCUCCCUGAGGGAUUACUGGAGGCAGUGGUGGGUGAUGAAGCCGAUCCCGGGUGUCAGCCCCUGCCUUCCUGUGCUGGGGAACGCUCUGCUCUUGGAGAGGGAUGGACAAGGUUUUUUCAAACAACUACAAACUUACGUUGAAGAGUUCAGGAGUUGGCCAUUAUUCAAGCUUUGGUUAGGACCGUUGCCUGUCAUGGUUUUGUAUCACCCUGACAGUGUGGAGGUUAUUCUGAACAGUUCAAAACACAUAGAAAAAUCGUACCUGUACCAUUUCCUGCACCCGUGGCUGGGGACUGGACUUCUGACAAGCACUGGAGACAAGUGGCGGUCACGGAGGAAGAUGAUAACUCCCACGUUCCACUUUGCAAUCUUAAAUGACUUUUUAGAGGUUAUGAAUGAGCAAGGAAGUAUUUUGUUGGAGAAACUUGAGAAGCAUGUUGACAAGGAACCAUUUGAUAUCUUUCUAGACGUCACUCUAUGUGCUCUUGAUAUCAUCUGUGAAACGGCGAUGGGCAAGAACGUGGGUGCUCAGGAGAAUAAGGAUUCUGAGUAUGUUCGUGCUAUCUACAGGAUGAGCGAUCUAAUCCAACAGCGACAGAAGUGCCCUUGGCUUUGGCCUGAUUUUCUAUACAUGCUGUUCAAGGAAGGAAGAGAGCAUGAGAGGAACCUCAAGAUCCUUCACAAUUUUACAGAUACAGUCAUUGCAGAAAAAGCUGCAGAACUUGAAAACACCAAGCAAACGACGCAUGAUGGAAACUGUGAAGAAAAAGGCUCCAGAAAGAGACUGGCUUUCCUGGACAUGCUGUUGAGUGCAACAGAUGAUGAAGGGAACAAAUUGAGCUACAAGGACAUUCGUGAGGAAGUGGAUACUUUCAUGUUUGAGGGCCAUGAUACAACAGCAGCUGCUAUGAACUGGGCCCUGUACUUACUUGGACGUAAUCCUGAAGCCCAGAAGAAGGUUCACAGAGAACUGGACGAAGUGUUUGGCAACACUGAGCGUCCUGUUACAAUGGACGAUUUGAAGAAGCUUCGAUACCUUGAGUGUGUUGCAAAGGAAGCCCUUCGGCUCUUCCCUUCAGUUCCACUCUUUGCCCGUACUUUGAGAGAGGACUGCUAUAUUAGAGGAUAUCAAGUACCAAAAGGCGCAAGUGUCCUUGUCAUAACUUACGCCCUGCACAGAGACCCCGAGAUCUUCCCCGACCCGGAGGAGUUCAGGCCCGAGCGAUUCUUCCCUGAAAAUUGUAAGGGAAGGCACCCCUAUGCUUAUGUGCCCUUCUCAGCGGGUCCCAGGAACUGCAUUGGUCAGCGCUUUGCACAAAUGGAGGAGAAAGCUAUUCUAGCCCUCAUCCUGCGGCGCUUCUGGGUGGAAUCAUGUCACAAGCCAGAAGAGCUUGGUAUAACUGGAGAACUGAUUCUUCGUCCAAGUAAUGGUAUCUGGAUUAAGCUGAAGAGGAGGCCAGAGGCUGGACCAGAAUGAAAGAAAAUUCAAGAUUUUAUUUUUCCAAAAACUUCUAAGAUUUUUAGUCUGAGAUAUGUUUUUAAAUCAGAUGUUUUGAUUGCAGUCCAGCAACUUAUUGAAACUGAAGUUUUUUACUGAUUGUUUCAUUAAAGAUGAUGUUGUAAUAGCUCUAAAUUGCUCUAGUUUUCUAGUACAUGUGAACUUCAUGUUCAUCUUUGAAGUGCUAAUCUUUAAACAUCAAAUCUUAGUGCCUUAUCUACUCAGGUGAAACUAUUCUAUUGCAACAGUGCAAAACCCCUUAAAUUAUGGUGGUAACAACAUGUUAUGUGGAGUGAUCUGGUUAUAUCUCAUAGCAUUUGUGAGGUAACUGAUAGUCUCAUAUCUUUGUAUCGUUUUCAGGUUUCUUUGGUUCUGAAAAGUACAAGUGAUCAAUUCCUUUUACUUGGCACAUUUUUUUUCUGUUUUGGUGAUGACUGCAUCUAUGAAGACAAAGCAAAUAUCUCUGAUAGUUUCACUCCUCCUUUGUAAGCAUUAACACCAGUUCUCAAAUAGUGAAUGCUUUGAAUUAUUUUUUAGCAAGGUGUACCAUAAGCAUUAAUCUGUAUAAUCAUGCCAUAAACUAGACAGUGUGGAAGUUACACACAGGAUUUCGUACUGACAGAAGCACUGUAUUGUUAUCAGUUUUGAAAAUAAACUUCUUCUGUGCCUCAA